AUGGCGGAUUUGCUCAGGUCUCAACUGCCGUGGACAUCCUCUCCACUUAUCAUAAACGCCCCCAUGGGCGGCUUUGCUGGAGGUGAUCUUGCAAGCGCAGUCACUAAAUCGGGCGGUCUCGGGAUGAUCGGUGCCAUCAUGUCUAAUGACUUAGAGAAGGAGUUAGACAUCGCAGCCGACGAGCUGAAGGCUUCUACUGGACAGGGUCAUAUGCUCCCUAUCGGGGUGGGCUUGCUACCCUUCGUCGUCGAAACCGAGUCCGUGCUGCCCAUCCUCAGGAAAUAUCAGCCGGCUGUGAUCUGGCUAUUUGCUGCAAAGGAGCUUGAUGACUACACCAGUUGGUCUACAGAGAUUCGCAAAAGCUGCCCAAAUUCUAGGAUCUGGAUCCAAGUUGGCAGUGUGAGCGCUGCAGUCAAGAUCGCAGAAUCGGCCAAACCUGAUGCUUUGAUCAUGCAGGGUGCUGAUGCUGGUGGGCAUGGAUUCGAAAGAGGCGCCAGCAUUAUUUCGUUGCUGCCAGAGGCAGCCGAUGUCCUCGAGGCAAAGGGCCUGGGCGGUAUUCCGUUGCUGGCAUCUGGAGGGAUCGCGGAUGCACGCGGUGCUGCAGCCGCCUUUGCGCUAGGGGCAUCCGGGGUUGUGAUUGGGACGAGAUUUCUGGCAGCAAAAGAGACAAAGGUCCCACCUGGAUAUCGGGAGUUGGUGCUGGCAGCAAAAGACGGAGCACAAAGCACCGUUCGAAGCAAGCUGUUCGACAACGUCAAGGGUCCCAAUAUCUGGCCGGAUGCCUAUGACGGAAGAAGCUUGGUCACGGAGAGCUACUCCGAUCACGUUCGAGGUAUCGACAUCAAAGAGAUCCGAGAAAAGCACAAUGAAGCGGUGACAGGGGAGGAUGGUGGCUUCGGGAAAACGAACAGGGCAAAUGUCUGGGCAGGCGCUGGAGUAGGACUGGUGAACAGGUUGCAGAACGCUGCCGAUAUUGUGGAAGAGGUUCGGAAGGGGAUCAGCCUGAUACUGGAAAGUGCCCUAGCACAGCUGUGA